GUUAAUCUUUUGAAUAGAAUUAAUGGUGUUAUAGAGGUAACAUUAAUUGUAAUUUGAAGAGAGUCAGUUAUUCUAAUAAUUUUAAUAAUGUUUAGCCGGUAACAAUUGAGAUCGUAUGUAUGAUUCUUUUACCUAGCUAUCCCACUGAAUCGAUUGAAUUUAUAGAGUAUAAGGCAGAUAACAAAAUGUAUGCGAAAGUAUUAGCAACAACAAGAGAAUCAAAGGAAUCAGCAUUAUUAUCUAAAUUAGUCACAUUAAGAGAAUAGUAAAUGGAAAUAUAAAUCAAUAGAAUAUCGACAAUUGGAAGUCCUAGAACUACUGUCAAGACAGCCAGAGGAAUGUCUGAACAUCUUGGAGCAAUUUCUCCACGUUCUUUUGGGAGAAGAUUGGAUGAAAAAUUGCCUAUGAAAGAAUUGGGGGAAAUUGCGAAUUAUUUUAAUUCAUUGACAGCCUAAUAAGCAAAAACGUUAUCAAAAAAUUAUGUGAAUGAAAUGGUGCGUUUGUAGUAGUGUAUUGAGAAGAAGUUGAAAAGAUGAUGUUGUUAAUAAAUUAAAUUACCAAUGAAUCAAAAGCCAC